GGAAUUCACAAAAGUGUUUGAAUGAUUGCGUAUAAUGAACGCCUGACCUAGGAAUAGUUUAAAAGCUUGUUAAGAUGCCGUCGGAUACCUCUAGUCUUUUCAAAGAACUAACACUCAAAGAUGCGGAGAAAGCUUUGGCAGCGGAUCUGGAUCUACUUGUGGACACUAUACCAAAUUCCUCUCCAGAAAAAGAGGUGUUCAUAAGGCAGAUGAAAUCUUUCAAAGAGUUGUUUAAGCGAUAUUUACAUGAAAAGACAGAAAAAUUUGAUUGGAAUGUGAUGGAGCCUGUUCCGCCUGAAAGUAUCAAAAUGUAUGAUGCUCUUCAUGUCCCUACUGAUCGUGAAAUGAUUCGUGAACAAUUAAACAAACUUGUCGUGGUGAAACUAAACGGUGGUCUAGGCACCACCAUGGGUUGUACUGGACCCAAAUCUUUAAUUUCUGUUCGCAGUAACCUUACCUUUCUCGACCUGACUGUCCAACAAAUUGAGAGAUUAAAUAAUGAAUAUGGAACAAGUAUUCCUUUGGUUUUAAUGAAUUCAUUCAAUACACAUACUGAAACUGAAAAAGUUCUACGUAAAUAUCAACAAGUUAAUGUUCAAAUUUUAACAUUUGUACAAAGUUGUUAUCCUCGUUUAAAUCGAGAAUCAUUAUUACCUAUUGCUAAAUAUGCUAGUCAAGAAUGUUGUCAUAACAAUAUUGAAACAAAAAUUUCUAAAGAUAUGAACUACAAUCCAGAAGAAUGGUAUCCACCAGGACAUGGUGAUUUCUAUCGUAGUUUUGUUGAUUGUGGACUGGCUGAGAAAAUGUUAGCUAAUGGUAAACAAUGGGUUUUUAUGUCAAAUAUUGAUAAUCUUGGAGCAACUGUUGAUUUAAAUAUUUUAAAUUUUCUAAUGAAUAAAGAUUUACACAGUAAUAAUAAACAAUCACCAGAAUUCGUGAUGGAAGUUACUGAUAAAACUCGAGCUGAUGUUAAAGGUGGCACUUUAACACAAUAUCGUGGACAUUUACGACUACUGGAAUUAGCACAGGUCCCUGAAGAUCAUGUGGAUGAUUUUGCUAGUGUACGGACUUUUAAAAUAUUUAAUACAAAUAAUCUUUGGAUUGAUUUACAAGCAUUACAUCGUAGUGUUAAACAAAAUACUUUACAAAUGGAAAUUAUUGUUAAUCCGAAAACUUUAGAUUCUGGUACAAAUAUAUUACAGUUGGAAGAAGCUGCUGGUGCUGCUAUCAAGUCAUUUAAUGGUGCUUUUGGUGUUAAUGUUCCACGAAGUCGUUUUUUACCAGUGAAAACAACUUCCGAUUUAUUACUAGUCAUGUCUAAUUUAUAUGUAUUAGAUGGUGGAAGUUUAUCUGUUUCACCAUUACGAAGUUUUCCAUCUGUUCCAUUAAUUAAACUUGGUAGUCAUUUUAAAAAAGUAAAAGAUUUUCUAAAUCGAUUUACAAGUAUACCGGAUCUAUUGGAAUUAGAUCAUUUAACUGUAUCUGGUGAUGUAUUCUUUGGAAAAGGUGUUGUUUUAAAGGGUACAGUCAUUAUAAUUGCCAAUUUCGGUAAUCUUAUCAAUAUACCACCAGGUUCAAUAUUGGAAAAUAAAAUUGUUUCAGGAAAUCUACGCAUUUUAGAUCAUUGAAAAAUAGGGUGUUGAAAUUUCAAAAGAAAUAUGUGAAACAUCCAACUAAUAUUACUAUUACUAAUAUUAUUAUUAUUAUUAUUGUUACUACAUUGUAUUCACACAUUAUUAGGGGGGGAAAUUAUGUUUGUAACUAAUCAUGCUAGGCGCUUUCAUUACCAUUAUUAUUACUACUAUUAUUAUUGUUAUUAGUGCAAUUCAUUCUUUUCAUAAUAUUCUCACUUGUAAUUUCAUUUCAUUUUGAUCUGUCUUACUUAUAUCUUCGAUACAUACAUACAUAUACAAAGUAUAUUUCUGGACAUUUUAUUUAGGGUACAUUAAUAGUAGUAAUAGUAAUAAGGCUUUCUAUCAUAUUUUUGACACCUUGAUACACAUAUACAUUUGUAGAGUGAUGACC